GUACAUAGGCAUGUUUACAGUCGAACAGUCGUAAAGGGGUAAAUCCGUCGGUGAAUGUUUUUCUUGCCGCGUCACGCAAUACGAAUUCCUCACUUUAAAGAAAUAGCCACGAGAAAUUGGGAUUGGACAUUAUAUUACCGUGUGUGCAUAAAUGCAAUAUCAAGCAACAAAUAGAUCUGUAUUUGUACGUGUUAGUGCAUAAAGUACUAUAGAGAGAGCUACAUCUGCCUCUCAGGUUGUAACGAUUCGUGGGUUUGUGGUGGAAGAAUGAGGAAGUGGAGUGGACAGGAGACUGAAAGGCGCGUGUGCAAGACACAGAGUUACAGCGCCGCCCCUGUGCACCCGGCGACACCCCGACCUGUACACACAGAUAAACAACAUAAACAAAUCCAACUUCUCACGGACAAUAAAUAGCGUGUCUCGAAGGUUAUGGUAAACCAUGAUAUUCUGUAGUUUUGUUGGACAGAAGUUAUGAAGUUAUCGCUCUUACUUCCAACUUUGGUGGUGUUCUUGCAAGAGCACGGGAAGUGUUGUUGUUUACGAAUAAACAUAGACGAAGGCAGCCUACAGCAUACAUGGGUAUUCCAUGUACGAAGUUAAAUGACAAACCUCAGGUAACUCAGAGAUAUGAAUGUCAUCAAGCAUGAGGAAAACGCAGAGAGGGACAUGCUUGAGAAAGGAGGAAGAUCAUCAAAAGAAAUUAAGACAGAGGAAGAUUCAGAAGUAGUACAAGGCUGUCAUGAGACUUCAGAAACUGCUGUGGGAAAGUCCCAGGGUGCUGCCGUAGACGGCAUCACUAAAUGCUCUGAACCACAGCAAGGGUCAGAUGAUAUGAGUAUCGACAUAGACCAGCCUAUCAGCAGAAAGAGGGCCAAACUUGCUAGUGAGGUUGGGGAACAUGUGCAAGAGAAGGGAUGUGAAGAAUCCACAAGGUCACAUCUCCAUAGCCUUACACCUGACAAGAAGGACGCUGCCCAGGAGAAGACCAUAGCCUCUUACAGGAAGCCUCUGUACAGCAUCUCCCAUCGUAUUACAGAGAAGAAGGCUGCUUCAAGUCUCGACCAGCAUGGACAGCAUGAAGCAGGGGUUCGGUUGAACAACAUCUUACUCCCUAAGCUGUGCACUUCGGGGCAGAAUAACCGAUGUGAGCCAAGCCUCACUCAAGGGGGUUCAGGUACUGCUACCCCGACGGACCCAAACCUCUACCCUUUGAUCGAGAAAAUGUUCUUCAUUCUCAACACUCUGAACUCUAGCAUGACUCAGCUGCACAGCAAAGUGGACUUGCUGUCUCUUGAGGUUACGCGCAUUAAGAAACAAAUCAAACCUUCUGAAAUGGCGAUGGAGUUCCAGCCCCCACCAGAAUAUCAGCUAACAAGUGACGAGCUUGCUCAGCUGAUGGAGCAGACAUCUACAGCGGGGGAGCUUGGAUGCAGGCUGCUGGUCCAGCUCUUUCCUGAGCUGUUUACAGCCAAGGAUUGCAUUCAUGGCUGCAGUGCCUGUGGCAUCGCAGGCAAACGGACUCUUGACUCCCUUCACCUUCAGCUCAUACGCAACUAUGUGGAGGUCUGCUACCCACUGGUGAAGAACAGUAAUGUUUGGCAGAGUGAGUGCCUGCUACAAAUUAAUGACUUUUUUAAUCGUUUCUGGGCCCAAAAAGACAUGGAAAAUGGCCAGCCUGUUGGCAAACAAACUUCUGCUGGCCUUGCUUUUGAGGUGGACCAGAGUCAGCCCUGCCACUUCAUCAACGAAGAUGGUCAGGAUGAGAGACUUUCAGUGGAAUCCGGUGACAACAGCAAUGGUCACCUAAACAUGUCAUCAGACCUCACAUUGGAUUCCCAGGAGGUGGGGGAGGAUCUUGAUGACCUCUCUUCCCCUGAUGACUUUGUAAUUUUCUUGUUAAAUAGACUUUUCCCAGAAAUCUUUGAAGAGGGCAAAUUGCCUGAGGGUUACAGUGGCUGUAACAGUAUUGGGAAGUUAUUACUAGACUCUGAAAGACUAGAGAUCAUUCGUAAGUAUAUGGAAGCUAAUUUUCCUGAUAUCCCUGAAGACACAUGGCUACAGAUCUGUAUUCAGCGAAUGGAAGAAGCACUGGAGGCAAUUCCAGGUAAUGGAAAUGACCUGGACAACAUACAGGAUGAAAGCUUUGAUACAAACCUUCCAGAUGAUGUUUCGAUUGUUAAAAUCAGUGACUUCUGUGAUUAUGAUCGUCCAAAUCGCAGGACUAAAAAAUCGUGGUUGGCACCCAUCAAUUUUGACACAAUGGAGAUUCCUCCUACUGAUUUUGAUGUUUCAGAGGAGUAUCUCCUCACAAAAGAGCAGCUUAAAAAUAACUAUGACUGUAGUUUGUCCAUAGGGAACUUUGCUUCCCGCCUGCUUGUCCUUAUGUUUCCAGAGUUGUUCACAUAUGAGAACGCACGGAAGCAUUACAACUGUAGUGGUACCUUAGGCAAGAAGCAGCUAGAUCCAUUUAGGAUACGAUUGAUCCGUCAUUAUGUUCAGCUGUUGUACCCCCGGGCCAAGAAUGAUCGAGUGUGGACCCUAGAGUUUGUGGACAAAUUAGAUGAGCGUUGCAGGCGAAGGGACACAGAGCAGCGUCGCUCAUACCAACAGCAGCGUAAAGUUUUUGUUCCGAAGUCGGAGCCAGACUUUGUUACUCCCAGCCAAAUAAGCCCACUGACCUCUGAGCGCUUGAAAGAAGACUAUGAAAUGCCACCUCUUCCUCCCGAAAAAAGUAGCAAAGACUUCUGCAAGAUCCCACUGGAGGAGCUUGCCGUGCCUCCUCCUGACUUUCCUGUGCCUUCUAUGUACCUGCUGUCAGACUCUGAGGUGAGGGAGAUCGUCCAGCAGAGUCUCUCAGUAGGGAACUUUGCUGCCCGUUUGCUGGUACGUCUCUUCCCAGAGCUCUUUACCCAGGAGAACCUGCGGCUUCAGUACAAUCACUCUGGCGCCUGCAACAAGAAGCAGCUGGACCCGGUCCGUCUGCGCUUGAUUCGCCAUUAUGUAGAAGCCGUGUACCCAGUGGACAAGAUGGAGGAGGUUUGGCACUAUGAGUGCGUCCCAAGCAUUGACGAGCGCUGUAGGCGGCCGAAUCGGAAAAAGUGUGACAUUCUGAAGAAGGCCAAGAGAUCAAGCACUGUGUCAUAUUCUUAACACCUCUCUACAAUGUAUUGUUUUUUUUGUAUUUCUCACAAACAUGUAUUAUUUGCACAAGUACCUAAGCUAAAGAGUAUAGUUAAACUUUUACAAAAUGUCCAUGGCGAGGACCAAGUAUGUAGAGUUAGGUCAAGCUGAUGGUCCGUCCUCUUACAGGAUGUAUUGUAAAAAUGUAGCUGCCGCACCAGACAUUAUAGCUUGUUAUCAGGGCUUGAAAUUAACUUUCUGAUUUGCCUUUCACUGUGGCUAGUUAUUAGCCACUCAUCGAUUUAUUGAAAUUGAAUAGAGGACUAGCACAUCAUGUGUCUUUGUCAAAAAAACAAGUAAAAAAAAAAAAGAAUACGAAAAUAGUUAGCAGCAGGUUACCCCAAAAGUGCUUGGCAUGGUUGUGAAUUACCAGCCACUGCUUACUCUUGUGCAGUAUUGGUAAGUGGAUGUUAAUUUCUAGCCCUGUUUAUAAUUGAGAUCACUAUCAUUUGGUAGUGAGAGGGUAGUAACUAUUUAAACGCCAAAAUAUUACUGUUGUAAUUAUAAUUUUUAAUAUGUUGAUAAGCUAAUGUAGCCUUAACACAGAAAACAUAACAAUGUUAACAUUAACACUAAUGCAACAAAAUAGGUCACAUACAAGGUUUUAAAAGAUGGCAAGAAACUGAUUUCUAAGUUAGAUGUAGCAGCGUUCCAGUACUUGUCUUUUGUAACAAAGAUGUUAUGUCCUAAAAUGGUAAAUGGUAAAUCUGUAUUUAACUACUGCAACAGGUGGUCACUCUAUUUUUAAAUAAAUAAGCAAAAUUACAAUGUAAAAUUAAAGAUGUUAUUUUAUUCCA